GAUCAAUCGAUUGCCGGCUUCUUGCUUCGUCAAGGGUAUUUUUUUUCUCUUUGGUCUUUCCUCUGAAUCGUGUAGUUUUCCUUGCUUUUUUCCUUCCUCUGUUGCCGCCGCCGCUGUAACAAAGUUCCCUUUUUUUUUCGAGAAACAAGGCUCCUUGACUAUGCCAGAUUCUUUCAUCCCCUUGUAUUGUUAUUAUUAUCCAGUUCUUGUCUCGUCGUUCCUUGCAAGGAACAAUCGUUUCGUCAUUUCAGUUUUUUUUUAAGAAGGGGAUAGAUUUAUUCUAGCCUCUACACCGCACGGUGCAUAUGGAUGGCUAUUUUGCAUCUAAGAGUAGCUUAUUACAAUCAACAUUUGAAUACCCAACAAAUGGGGUAUGAGAAGACAAAACGAUAAGAACCAAACCAUUUGUAACAAAAAAAAAAAUUAGGGACAAAUUUUAGUACUGAACUGGCAUCUAUGUUGGUAUAAAUCUCUAUAACAGUAGUUUUCAAACGCCGGUAAUGAUAGGACAAGUCGUUUCAGUUUUCUUUCUUCAGUUUUUCGUGUGUUCUGCUUCCACGCAACUUCGGUUCUACUGAAGAAGCUUUGUCCUUGAAUGUUCAAACUUUCAAGUUAUCUUCGCUCAAAGAAGGAAACAAAAAUUCAAGUUUUUUUAGGGGAAACAAAAAUUCAAGUUGUCCCUGGACUGGAGCAUGCUCCUCUGUUCUUUCUCUGUUUUGCACCCCGAAAGGAUUUAGGGUUGUAAUCGACAACGAAGCCUCCGACGACGCGACUGUGAUCCGGGUGGACAGCGUGAACAGCCACGGCACGCUCCUCGCCGUCAUCCAGGUCAUCGCCGACCUCAACUUCGUCAUCCGCAAGGCCUACUUCUCCUCCGACGGCAGCUGGUUCAUGGACGUGUUCAAUGUCACCGAUCGUGACGGCAACAAGGUCCUCGACGAGCCCACCAUCUCCUACAUCCAGACGACGCUGGAGGCGGACGACUGGUACUACCCGGAGGCGCGCAACACGGUGGGCAUCGUGCCGUCGGAGGAGUACACCUCCAUCGAGCUCACCGGCACCGACCGCCCAGGCCUGCUCUCCGAGGUGUGCGCGGUGCUCGCCGGCAUGCGCUGCGCGGUCCGGAGCGCCGAGCUGUGGACGCACAACACGCUCGUCGCUGCCGUCGUGCACGUCACGGACGCCGGCACCGGGGGCGCCAUCGAGGACGGGGGCCGCAUAGCCGACAUCAGCGCGCGCCUCGGGAACCUGCUACGCGGGCAGAGCAAAGUGCGCGCCGCGGCCGCGCCGGGGGGCAGCCUGGCGCACAAGGAGCGCCGGCUGCACCAGAUGAUGUUCGACGACCGGGGCCACACUCCCGCAGCUGGUGCCAGCGCGGAGUCGUCCUGCCCGUCGCGGACGGAGGUGUCCGUGACGCCGUGCGCCGAGCGCCGGUACACGGCCGUGGUGGUCCGGUGCCGCGACCGGCCCAAGCUGCUGUUCGACACGGUGUGCACCAUCACCGACAUGCAGUACGUGGUGCAUCACGGCACAGUCAGCGCGGAGCCAUGCGGUGGCGCAUACCAGGAGUACUACAUCCGCCACGUCGACGGCCACCCCGUCCGCUCCGAGGCCGAGCGCCAGCGGCUCGUCCACUGCCUCGAGGCCGCCAUCGAGCGCCGCACCAACGAGGGCCUGGAGCUGGAGGUGCGGACGGGCGACCGCACGGGUCUGCUCUCCGACAUCACUCGUAUCUUCCGCGAGAAUGGUCUCACCAUCCGUCGCGCCGAGAUCUCGUCGGAGGGCGGCGAGGCGGUGGACACGUUCUACCUGUCCGACCCGCAGGGCCACCCCGUGGAGGCCAAGACCAUCGAGGCCAUCCGCGCGCAGAUCGGUGAGGCCACGCUGCGGGUCAAGCACAACCCGUUCGCCGGCGACGGCCGCGGCAAGGGCAAGGACACGGACGCCAACGCCGCCGGCGCCGGCACGACGGCGUUCAUAUUCGGGAACCUGUUCAAGUUCUACCGGCCGUUCCAGAACUUGGGAAUCAUCAAGCUCUACUCGUAAUAUACACUGAUAUGCAUAUAUACCACACUUGGUUAAAAAAAAAAAUUCCACAGGUUCUCGGCAGUUUAUGGUAAAUUUAUCUUUAGACAGACAACAGAUUUCGCUGUAAAUAUGGUCCUGGAUGGUGAUGAUAUAUGUUUCAGUGUAAAUAUGUUGGUAAGGCUUUACAUAGUAGAAAGUUGAUGAAGAAAUGCUAAGUUAGCUCCCCAAAAAAUAGUGCCAGGAGUACACUGGAAGUAGGGUAUGUUACUUAUGUAAAUACUCAUCUUGUACAUAUGUUCAUACAUAUUCUUGUAGGGGGAGAGAAUACAAGGAAAAGAAGAAGAAAAGGAGGAACUUUUGAAUGCUGUAGCCA